UGUGUGGUCAUUGAAGUUUGAGUAUAAUUGAGACUUGAGCUGAUUGAAUCGUUAGUUGACUUUGUAUGCAAUGUCUGUGCUUGGGCGAGUAUGAGCUUACGUUUGUGUUAUACUCACAAGUUGGUAUUUCUUCAUGCAAUUCUAGGUCGUGAUAAAACAUCCCCAUAGUGCCCCAGAUACUCUGGCUUGCUGGGAACUCAAAUGGUACUCCUAUGCGAAGAUGUAUAUGUCUGCAUUAGUUUGCAUUCGUGGCCGUUUUACCACACUCUUCUGUUCUGAAGCUAGAGAUGUUUUGCCAACAUAAAAAUGUUCAGUGACAACACGAUACUUUAUUUUAGGCGUCUAAAAUGGUCAACAGCGGAUUGUCAUCAACGUCUUGUGUUGAUGGUAUAGCUUGCGCGGCAUGAGUUCACAGACAGUAGUGAAUAGAACGAAGUGCCAUUAGAUAUGGUUUCUCAUUUACGUCUAAAUGUGCCAACAUUCUAUACAUACUGUAGAUGAAAACGUAUUUUCUGGUGAAAAACAAGUACGUCUGAACUACAAACCCUAAAAUGCACAAUUUCGCAUUCUGUGUUGCCUAAAUGUUUCUGAGUACCGUCACAUGAUGCUUUCGCAAGCAGACCGAGACCUUUACAUCACAGGAAAUAACGCAGAAGAGCGGUUCCCAGUGAGUUUUCAAAUUAAUCGGUUAGCGUCUGAGCCUGCUGUUUAUCAUUAUUAUAAUGGUCUUGAUCAUACAGGGGCCAUAGUCAGUCUUGGGGUGAAAGAAGCAAUAGUUUGUCAAGUACUGGUAAAUAAAAUAACUAGAAUGAAGCCAUUAUAUCUUUAACAGGGCUAGAUAGCUGGCUAAUAACAUAACAGCUUGACGCCAGCAACAGUAUCAUAGCUAGCUACGUUACAGCUGACAAGCUAACGUCAGUUAUGUCUACUCACAUAACAGACAAAUGUCUCAAUCAUUCAGCAUAUUGCGUGCCAGGGACGGGAAACUUUUUAGUUACAUAUUCCAAAGCAAAGACUGUCUGAGUGUGUGUGAAGUAAGUGCAAUUUAAGUAGUUAUCAUAGCUAACGUGAGCUACUUAGCAUAACGUUACUGUCUCAUGUUGAUGGUUGGAUAUGAUAGCUCGCUAGUAUAGCUAGGCUGUUAGCAUACCCAGGUUACCUAGCUAAGCAAUGUUAGGUGAUUAUCUUAUGUUUUUGCAUUGGAAAAAGUGAAGGGGCUUUUGUCGGUCUGGAUAAGAUUAUUGGAAAGGACGUUGCCUUUCACGUACAACGUUUGUCUCAAUGGCCUGUGCAAAAUAGCUAGCACGGCAAUGCCGCGUAGGGUAACAAAGUGAUGGAGGACUCGGACCUUGACUUUUCGGACCUCUGCUCCCGGCUUCUAAAAAGGAGAGUCCGGAAGAAAGCAGUUGAGAAUGUAGAGGAGAAGAAAACUGGUGGUGGAGAUGGUGAAACUCAGUGUAAACAAAGCAGCUCUGCCCUGUCUUUACCAAAACGAAACAAAAAAUCAAACAACCAGCCAAAGAAAACGACUAAGAAAGGUGAUUCAUCAGAGCCUUCGGGAAAACAGAAAACUGAUCCUCGGGCAGUGCUACAAACUGUCAGUGUUUCACAGUUUACUGAGAAUGGAACCGAGACACCGGCAGUGACCCAGCUGGCGACAACCCAGGAAAGAAAGAGUGCAAAGGAAAAGGUGUUGAGUCGGAUGCAACGGUUUAAACGUGUGGACCCACAGCAGCUCCAGCACGCUGACAGCAUCCCCAGUACAUCGGCAGAGCCAGAAUGUGUUCGACCUCCCUCAUCACCAUUACAAAACAAAGAGCUGUCGCCGGAUGAGAGACUGGCUCUCCGUCUGCAGCAGGAGCUCGACCAUGAGUUUGAGGCUGAGACACAGGCUCAGGCCCAGGGGAGGGUGGUGGACGUGGACCAGGGAGGCCUGUUCUUCUGCCAGCUCUGCUUCAGGGACCUGUCAGCCAUGAGCCCCCAGCUCCGUACACAACAUAUCAACAGGUGUCUGGAUCAGACAGAGGGCCAGGAGGCCCCAGCCCCGUCUCGCCCUGUGGUCCCUGAGUGCCCCAUCUGUGGGAAGGGCUUCAAGUCGCUCAAAAGUCGCUCCACCCAUCUCAAGCGCUGCUCAGCCGACAUGGGGGUGCCUCCAGCGGCCCUUUUGCAAGCCCUGCACAGACAGGCCAGUGAGGCUGUGAGUGACAGCACAGCUGGCCAAUCUGCCCAAACUGGAGGUCCCAAGAGGAGAAGCCCCUCGGAUCCCAACCAGCCUGCCAGGAAGAAGCCCAAGAAGAAGGCCCAGCCUGUGGAUGAGGACACCAUGGUGGCUCUGGCCCUCUCCCGCUCUCUGCUGGAUCAGGAAGUAGAGAAGGGGAGAGCAAAAGCCAUUGAGGUCCUGGAGGUUAAAGGAGCUGAACUUCAGAUGUCUCUCGGCUCAGCCUUGCAUCGGAAGCCAGCAGCAGGUGCUGGCAAAGGGAAGAGACGGAGGAAGGGAGCCCCCACGGGUCCUCCUCCGCUGCUCCUCAGGCAGGACCCAGAGGAGGCGCUGCGGCGCCUCCAGGAGCGCGUCUCCCUCAUGCUGCUGCGCUCCCGCACCCCCUCCCCUCCUCCCACCCCCACCCUGCCCCCCAGCGCCCUGCUGCCGCUCCCACGCGUCUCCUGCAGGGGAACAGGGAAGGGAGGGACCUCCGCCUCCCGCCCGCCCGCCCCGCUGUGGCACAAGAGCGCCCUGCCCGCUGGUUAUGGCCAUGCCACCGCAGAGUUCUACACUCCUGAGCUCAGUGCCUUCAUUCAGCCCUAUGCCAGCCCACAGAGGGACCAGUCACCCUCCACCAUGACCCCUCCAUCGACGGCCCAGCCAGCCCCCUCCUCUCGGCCUCCUUCUGCUGACCCCGCCUCCCAGGCCCAGCCCCGCUCCCCUUCACCUGCCCCCUCCACCCCGACCUCGGUGCUGCCCAGCCAGGCGGUGCAGGACCUGCUGGAGCUGGGAGGGAAGGGCUUGUACCUGGCUGGUGAUCCAGACAUGGGCAGAUCCUCUGCAGUUGUCCCAGAGCAGCAGAGUCCCCUCACCAACACAGACUCUGAAGAAAGGUUAAAGCCCAACAGCUUGUCCUCUCUGAGCAGGCUGGCCUCAGACCUGGGCUCCAUGGUGAACAACCCACAGCUGAGUGAUGUGCAACUGCAGGUGGACAGCGGUGAAGUCCUCUUCGCCCAUUCCUUCAUGCUGUAUGCCCGCUGCCCCCUGCUGGCUGAGCAGAUACAUGCCAGUGGCUUUGGCGUGCAGGAGGAGGGGGUGCCCGCUGCCCAGAGAGUGCUGCUGGGGGAGGUGCCCGCUGGUGCCGUGCUCGCCCUGCUCCAGUUCCUCUACUCCACUCACUGCCCGCUCACACCCUGCCUGGCACCACACGUCCAGGACCUGGCAUCCAGGUUUGACCUUCCGGAGCUGUCACAGGAGUGCCAGCUGUAUCUCCGAGGGCCGGAGCGAGACGGGAGCGAGGCCUGGGGAGAUGCCCCAGCACAGGAGCCCGGGGAGGGGCAGGAGGAGCAGGACGGUACUCAGGCUCAGCAGCACUUCCUGGAGCUCCUUCGCUCCAUGUGGAGCUCAGAGGAUGAGGGGGAGGAAGAGGAAGGACAAGGCGACGGAAGGGCUGACCGGGAGCAGGGCAUCAGGAUGGAGGAGCAGGGGAGUGAAGGAGAGGAGAAUGGAGGUGAAGAGCAUGUGGAUGAGGAGGAGCUGGAGGAGAUCUAUGAGUUUGCAGCUACGCAGAGGAGGGGCGCUGAGUCGCCCCUGAGGCCUGAGACAGAGAGCCUGGAAGAAGAGGAGAAGGAAGAAGAGGAAGCAGAGGAAGAUGUCAGGAGAUGCUUUGAAAUGGAGGAAGAGAAAACUAGUGAGAGAGGAGCAGAGGAAGAGAGUGAAGGAGGUGAGAGAGGAGUAGAGGAAGAGAGUGAGGGAGGUGAGAGAGGAGUUGGUAGAUCAAUGCAAGAAGAGACUCCUGCUGGAACAGGUGACUGUCUCACAAACUGUCAUCACACAGAUGGUUCCAGUUCUCAUCUCCCAGAUGGUUCCAGUUCUCAUCACCCAGAUGGUUCCAGUUCUCAUCACCCAGAUGGUUCCAGUUCUCAUCUCCCAGAUGGUUCCAGUUCUCAUCACCCAGAUGGUUCCAGUUCUCAUCACCCAGAUGACUCCAGUGCUGCCAUGGAUACCCAUGGGAGUGUACCAGAGAAGGACGACCAAGAUGUUGAACAGCAUCUGGAACCUGAGCCACAUGCAGACGCCAACAUGGACGACAGCUAUAACCACCUCUUCUCACAGUCAUGGGGGGAAUAUGCUGAACCCCCAGCCCCCCAGCACCAGUCAAAGUCAAGGCUGAGCUCAACACAGGUCAUCGACCUUUCCAUCAGUCCUCCUGCACCUACCUUUCAACCCUCUCUCCCUGUGCCUGGGCUAUCCCCAGAACUGACAAUUUCACGUGGGAGUCAAAGGCAUAGGGUAUCCCCAGAACUGACAAUUUCACGUGGAGGUCAAAGGCAUAGGGUAUCCCCAGAACUGACAAUUUCACGUGGGAGUCAAAUGCAUAGGGUAUCCCCAGAACUGACAAUUUCACGUGGGAGUCAAAUGCAUAGGCUAUCCCCAGAACUGACAAUUUCACUUGGAGGUCAAAGGCAUAGGUUAUCCCCAGAACUGACAAUUUCACUUGGAGGUCAAAGGCAUAGGCUAUCCCCUGAACUGACAAUUUCACGUGGGAGUCAAAGGCAUAGGGUAUCCCCAGAACUGAGAGUGACACAAUGCGGCCGAGUGGAGGCACUGCCUUCAGAGAGUCAGGGUCGAGCCAGUCACGGAAGCCAGAGCUCCACAGAGGUUGAGCUUAUAGUGCUGUCUGACUCGAGCAACGACUCCCCAACGUGUCUUUCUCCGUCUCCACCACAGCCCAUGUGCCCCCAGUCUCCCCUUGUUCUCCCAGAAGACUCCCCAGGCUAUACCUGCAUAAAGGAUGUAGCAAAAGACCAACACUCCCUCUCCUCCAGCAGAACAGCACAACCCAUUAAAGAUUCAUGUGCUUCUCACUCUACAGCCUCAGACACCACUGCUAUGGCCCAAUCCCUCCCCCCAGCCUCUGGGAACGCCUGUGCUAGAGAUUCUCCUGGAGACCAAAGCUUGCUGGAUGGCUCAGCAGAGGUGUCUUGGCUGGUCCCAUCAACUCCACAGAUUUCCAGCAGGUCACGGGACGGCUCCACCCAGACCAAAAGCAGUAUACGUCGCACUCGUCUCUUCACUGGGUCUUCGUCACCACAGUCAUCAUCGUCUUCCACCUCAGCUCUUGGACAUUCUAAAGCUCUUUCAAAUAGCAGCUCCUGUAAGGGGCAGUCUGCCUCGGAAGGCUCGAUGUCCAAUCAGAAACCCGCUACCUCUCACCAGACCCAAACUAAGCUUCAGAAGAGCAGGCCAGAGGUCAUCGGAGAUGAUUCUCCAGUCUUCCUACCUCCAAGCUCCCUCCCUAGACGCCUCAGUUCAGCUGCUGACCUCACCCCUUGUGAUUCUCACAGAGGAGCCUCAGUGGACAAACCGUCCUCCAAGAGGUUCCCCCAGCCUGCUAGUAGCACCCCUCUGCACUCCGGCUUGGAGUCUCCCAUGAGUUCUUAUGUCCUCUCUGACUCCCCUUUCUUGUGCCAAGUGGAGAAGAACCGGCAUUUCCUGGAUAGUGGGAUUGCACCUAGAGGCAGUGUGCCAUCCGACGGCAGCCCAGAGAGGAGCGGCAGACUGGGGCGUCCCCAUCUCCGGGAAGACAGCCCCUCCAGAGAUCAGCAGGAGGCACACACGAGCAAGUCCACUAGCCGGCGGAAGGAUUCCAGGGAAGGGAGUAACCCAAGUAGCUCUGAAAGAACUGAAAAGGUAUCCAAAAACUGGCAUGGUUUUACAUCUGAUACAGAAAAGGUGGAUAUGAACAGGGUAGAGGAAGACAGCGACGCAGAGAUCAAAGUGAUGGGGACAGUAGAGGCAGAGGACCAAGAUGAGUCAUCGCCUCAGCACAGCUUCAGCCACUACAACGAACCACCAAUGCCAUUUGAUGAGCCUCCUAUGGCUUAUGAUGAGCCUCCUAUGGCUUAUGAUGAACCUCCAAUGGCCUUUGAUGACCCUCCAAUGGCCUCUGAUGAACCUCCAAUGGCCUUUGAUGAACCCCCAAUGGCCUUUAAUGACUCCUGGGGUUUUGGGGACUGCAGGAACAGUCUCCAGAACCCUCGUUUCAGCCUACGCCUGGAGAGCAGUGAGAACACCAGCCUCAGCCCCACCGCUCCCCUCAGAGCUCAGGCAUCGCCCCCCUCCCCCCCAGCCCAGGGCCUCCUACCUCAACCGGUCCCUGCUCUCAGGACGCCUCCUGCUGUUUCACCAGAGCCCCAGCCCGGCACUAGUGUCCUGGACCCUAAGCUGUGGGACAGCUGGGAGGAGGACGAGGAGGCAGAAGAGAGAGGAGAUGCUCCUCCUCUCUCUCAGAGGCUGCUGGGCGCUGUUGCCCCGGCGAAGAGGGUGGCUCAGCUGAGGACUCCAGUGGUAUCUAAGAAGGCCGGCCCAUUGGUGCCCAUCACCCCCAUGCCCAGUUACUCAGACAUGGACACGCCAGACCUCAAGAACAAACUCAACAGGUUUGGUGUGCGCCCCUUACCCAAGCGGCAGAUGGUGCAGAAGCUGAAGGAGAUCCACCAGUACACCCACCAGCUGGAGACGUCGGAGUCUGAGGAGGAGGAGGAGGAGGAGGCCCCAGCGCGUGGCCACAGACCUCGACCCGUCUCCCCUCCAGCCCGCUCCUGUGCCCAGUCACUCAACUUCAAGGAACCCAGGGCGCCCCCUGCUGUCUCCUUCAGGAAAGUGCAGCCCAGCCAGGAUGCCCAGGAGCCCUUGUCUCUCUCUCAGAGCUCCAACACUUCUUCCACAGAUGGGAGCCAGGACUCUGAGAGGUCCAACCCUGAGCUCCUUCUGAGCGACAGCGACUCCUCGGACAACGAAGGCCUGGUGACGGCCUCGCAGGCGGUGAAUCGGCACGCCGACAAGAUCCAGGCCGUGCGCCGCUUCAUCCUGUCCGACCCGGAGCUGCACGGACGGGUGCUGCAGUACCAGCCCCUGGUGCUCUCCCGGCUGCAGGAGCGCCUCAAGGCCGCCGGCAUCCGCCUGGGCGCCGCCAAGCUGCUGGACUUCCUGGACGCCCAGUGCAUCACCUUCACCACGGCCAAGCCGGGCCAGAAGGCCCCCCCCAGGAAGAGGAAGAAGAAGGUGGCCAAGGGUGCAGGAGCUGCGACCGAGGGAGGUGUGAGGGGGAAGGGGAGGGGGAAGAGGGGUGGAAGAGCCAAAGGCCCAGAUUGAGCCGUGUACGAUAAGGAGAGGAGGGGAAACACAGAAGAGAGAUGGAAAGAGGUGUGGGCAAGUUGAUGUCUCAUGUUGUUGCACAAUGGAUGGCUUUGAGAGUGCAUAGCUGUGCCGUGUCAUCAUGACUGCUGUGCUGUGCUGUUUAAUGCACCAACUCUGACCUGUUUGAGGCAGCCAUCUGAUCUGGAAUGUGAUCCGGUUUCCAGAAAGCGUUGUAAACGAACCCCUGUGGUAACCGUGGAGACAGAGUGCGCAAAAUUAUAGUCUCUCUCAUUUAACUAUGGUAGUUGCUCAGCAACGCUUUUUGGAAACACAACUCAACUUUUCAGGAAUUGACUCUGACUGAUCUGGCGGAGUGGCAUUUCAAGAGAAUUCAGGAGAGAAGAGACCAGACUGUUCUGUGCACUGAUUGUCUUUUAUGUAUCUCAUGUACAUGUCUUUUAUGUAGCUUAUUUUAUGAAAUGUCAGAUACGUAAAGAUUAUUUUAAGAAUUGUUAAUAUGAAUAUGAUCAUUAUGAGAUUAAAAGAAAGAAAUUUCAGUA